UCUUCUUCUACUCCUCCGUCUCCUCUCCUUUUUUCUCCUCAUCCAAACACAAAUAAUAAGAUAAAAAACAGCGUAAAUGGCGGCGCAGGAGGAGCCCGCGCAGCCCGGAGACUCUCUGGCGACGCUGAAGAGCGAGUCCGACACCCUGAAGAGCAAACUGGAGGAGGAGAGAGCCAAACUACACGAUGUCGAGCUGCAUCAGGUGGCGGAGAAGAUUGAAGCUCUGGGUCAGUUCGUCAUGAAGACCAGACGGACUCUGAAAGGCCAUGGAAAUAAAGUCUUGUGUAUGGACUGGUGUAAAGACAAGCGGAGGAUUGUCAGCUCGUCUCAGGAUGGAAAGGUGAUUGUGUGGGAUGCGUUUACCACAAAUAAGGAGCAUGCUGUGACUAUGCCCUGUACGUGGGUCAUGGCCUGUGCUUACGCCCCAUCUGGAUGUGCAGUGGCUUGUGGCGGGCUGGACAAUAAGUGCUCGGUGUAUCCUUUAUCCCUGGACAAAAACGAAAACCUCGCAGCUAAGAAGAAAUCAGUGGCCAUGCACACCAACUAUCUGUCAGCCUGCUGCUUCACCAACUCAGACAUGCAGAUCCUGACGUCCAGUGGUGAUGGCACGUGUGCUCUGUGGGAUGUGGAAAGUGGGCAGAUGCUGCAGAGUUUUCAUGGACACGCGGCUGAUGUGCUGUGUCUGGAUCUCGCUCCGUCUGAGACAGGAAACACAUUUGUUUCAGGAGGCUGUGAUAAGAAGGCCUGUGUGUGGGACAUGCGCACAGGACAGUGCGUCCAGUCUUUCGAGAGUCACGAUUCAGACAUCAACAGCGUGCGGUACUAUCCAAGCGGAGAUGCUUUUGCUUCAGGCUCAGACGACGCUACUUGUCGUCUGUAUGACCUGAGGGCGGACAGAGAGGUGGCCAUUUAUUCCAAAGAGAGCAUCAUAUUCGGGGCUUCUAGUGUGGAUUUCUCCCUCAGCGGGAGACUGUUGUUUGGCGGCUACAAUGACUACACAAUCAACGUGUGGGAUGUUUUAAAGGGAGCCCGCGUGUCCAUCUUGUUUGGGCAUGAGAACAGAGUCAGCACUCUUCGCGUUUCUCCAGAUGGGACUGCGUUCUGCUCAGGAUCCUGGGAUCACACGCUACGGAUCUGGGCCUGAAUGUUUCCUCAUCAGAUUACUCACUUUUCUCACCGCCGGCUGGAUUUUCUGGAGGAAAAAAAACAAUCAAACCGCAGACUUUACUAGUGUGUUGAGUGCAGUAGAGUUAAUGACUGUAGUGCAUCUCUCAUCAACACAAUCACUGCUUUCUUGGUAUUAUGGGAUGGCGUCUAUGUAUUCUGCGUAUGAAUCUGUGUGAACACGUUCAGACUUUAAAUCCGAGAAAUAAACAAUCUUCAAUAUUAA